AUGGCGACUAACACCAGUUGUCCUUUGGGCAGCGAUGAUCAAUUCGGCCCUCGCAUUGACUACAACUGCCGCCACUUUGACUUCACUCUCCUUUUUGAAGAUGCUAUCUUUCACAUUCUCCCUUCGGCAGCUCUCUUGAGCAUCUUAACUGUGCUUCAUCUCAGUUUCGUCAUAAUCAACAUCAGGUCAUUAGCCCCCCGCGCGACAGCUUCACUGGCAGCGGGAAUUCUCAACUUCAUAGCCGUUUUCGCAGCUGCUUUUCACUCGUUCCUCGAAGACCAACGCUCCACUCGCCCAUCCGACUUGCUCAUACUCUACUUCUCAGCCUCUGCCAUACUCUCACUACCGCGCCUCAGAACUCUAUGGCUCAUCUCCAUUGCCGGAGCGUCCAGAGGUCUCUGGACUGCCAUCAUCAUUCUCACGGUCCUAGUCGUUCCCUUGGAGUCCAUCGGCAAGAAGCGAUUCUUGCGAACAGAGUACCGAGCUCUUACGAAAGAGGAAGAAACUGGCUUCUGGGGCCGCAGCUUCUUCACCUGGCUUAUGCCUUUCUUCCGUCUCGGCUACUCGCGGGUCAUUCACAUCCGGGAUAUGCCGGAAGUCGACAAAGACCUAGCUGGAGAUAGAGCAGGGGCAAGCCUCGAGGCCGCGUGGUCGAAGCGCAAAGGGCAAAAAUACCACCCUUUGAUCCGCUCUGGCUUUUACGCAUAUCGCGGGACUCUCUUCGCCGGCGUCAUAACGCGUCUCUUUCUCACAGCGUUCACGUUUUGCCAGCCAUUCCUCAUCACGGCGACAGUGAAAUUCAUGCAGACGCCCAAGACGCCACAGUCCGAGAGAUAUGGGCAAGCACUUGUCGGGGCAUAUGUUCUUACGUAUCUCGGUCUAGCGGUCUCCCGAGCUGCAUUUUCCCGCCACCAGUUCCGCUUUACGACGAUGCUUCGAGCAGGGCUGAUGUCCAUGAUAUUCAGACAGACUGUCUCUCUUAAAGCAGAUGACUUGAAAGAUAGUGCUGCGGUUACUUUGAUGGGCACAGAUAUCGAACGCAUCGUCCUCACGUUCAACAACCUUCAUCAGAUUUGGGCUGCCGUUCUGGAAGUUGGCAUCGCAAUAUUCCUCCUGCAACGUCAAAUAGCGUCUGCAUCUGUAGUACCAGUCGUCAUUUCUAUCGUCUGCGCUUUUGGCGUCAUCCCGGUCUCUAAGACCAUUGGAAGGGCACAAACGGCCUGGAUUGAACGUUUGCAGAAGAGAGUGGCAGUCACAGCCUCAAUGCUGGGAGAUAUGAAGUCGAUCAAAAUGCUGGGUCUCUCAGGCGUGUUGUCAACCACUAUCACAGAGCUGCGACGUGUUGAGUUAAGGACGUCUGAGAAAUUUCGCAAAUUAGUACUCUCUCAGAUCCUUGUUUCAAAUCUUCCUGUCGAAUUUGCGCCUUUCGCAACAUUUGUCAUCUACAGUAUAAUCGCAGUCAUCACCAAAGAUCAAACAUUGACGACAACGAAUGCCUUCACCGCUCUGUCUUUAAUCGGCCUCUUGACAGAACCACUUUUGCUAUUUUGCCAAUUCGUGCCUAACAUUGUACAGGGGGUGGCUUGCUUCAAGCGCAUCGAGAUAUUUUGCCUCAAAGCACACGAAGGAUCACUACGGGAACACCUCACACCUCCAGCGCGCUCUUCAGUCACCACUUUGAACAGGACAAGCAUCGAGCUCGCGGACCAUUUGACGCAAAAGUCGUCGGAAGGAAUAAUAGCCUCAUUCUGUAACGCAAAGAUCUCCUGGUCGCCUGAUUCAGACAUAGUCUUUAAAGACCUAUCCUUGACGAUAAAGAGAGGCAUCACCAUGGUCGUAGGCCCUGUUGGAUGCGGAAAGUCUUGCCUUAUGGAGAGUAUCCUCGGAGAGACAUCGCAUAGUGCCGGGACCAGAGAGCGCAUGGGUCACGGUAUCGCCUACUGUGCGCAGACUCCGUGGAUGAUGAACGACACCGUGAGAAGGAACAUCACUGGUGGUCUCCAUCAUGAUCCGAAAUGGUUCGACCAAGUUUUGUGGCUGUGCUCCUUGACUGACGAUGUCAAGAAUAUGCCUGGAGGAGAGUUGUACAACAUUGGCAGUAACGGUGUCGGCUUGAGCGGAGGGCAACGACAGCGUGUGGCACUCGCUCGCGCGGUCUACUCCAGACACAGAGUUGUAGUCCUAGAUGACGUCUUCAGCGGCCUUGAUUCCAAAAGUGUCAGCCAGAUUUCAAGCCGUCUCUUCAGCAAGGAUGGUCACUUCCGCCGGAACGAGAUCUCCAUCAUUCUUGCGACUCACACCAGUGCGCUCAUUCGACAUGCAGAUGAAUUAAUCGUUCUCGCCAAUGGUGAAGUCCUUAGUCAGGGCCCAUAUGAACAGGUUGUUGCUAGCUCACCUGAAUUAAUCACAAAAUCGAGAUUAGAAGAUGACAAUAAUCUUCAGAGGGGUGAAGAGUCAGAGCAAGCUGAGGAGGCUGUGAAACCCACACAAAUCCAGAGGACCCUGGAUGCCGAGGAAGACAGACUGCGCCAAAACGGUUCUUGGUCAGUUUACAAAUACUACUUCGAGCGAGCUGGUUGGGUAGUAGUUGGCUCGUUCGUCUUCGCCACUUUCACCGAGGCAUUUUGCAGCGGGUUUACAAAUAUCUGGUUUCAAUGGUGGGUAGAAGCCAACGAAAAACGGCCAAAUGACAACCUCGGUAUGUAUCUUGGGGUUUAUGCCUUUCUAUUUGCGAUGGCAUGCAUUGGACUUUCCGUGGAAUGCUGGCUCCUCUUCAUACGGAUCAUCAGCGCGACAGCCAUGAGUCUACAUGGUGAUUUACUGCACACAAGCUUAAGAGCACCUCUUAGCUUUUUCCAGUCCACUGAUACAGGUUCAAUCACCAACAGAUUCAGCCAGGAUCUUAAUCUGGUUGAUGUGACUCUUCCAUCCAAUGCCAUUAACUUUGCCUCGAAUGCUUGUGCUUGCAUUGUGAAGCUCAUAAUACUAUGUGUCAUGGGCAAGUACUUGGCGACAUCCGUGCCUCUUCUAGUAGGUGUGCUCUUCUUCGUUCAACGAUACUAUCUCCGCACCUCUCGCCAGGUCCGUCUCCUCGACAUCGAAGCCAAGGCCCCAAUCUACACCCACUUUCUUGAAACACUCAAGGGUGUUGCCACUAUUCGUGCCUAUCAAUGGGAAGGGAAGUUUGAGGAGCAGGCGACAAAACUCCUGAAUACGUCACAGAAACCCCACUACAUGCUAGCCUGUAUACAGCAAUGGCUCGCGCUCGUUUUGGAUCUCAUUGUCGGGGCUCUGGCUCUCAUCAUAGUCAGCAUGGCAACUUCCAUUACCGAUAAGUUUUCUCCUGGAGCAAUUGGUGUUUCCAUGGUCUUGGUCCUGGGGUUCAACAAUUCUCUUGCGACAACAAUCAAGAACUGGACUGCUCUGGAAACUUCAAUCGGUGCUGUGGCCAGAAUAAGAGAGUUUGCACAGACAACGCCUUCCGAGGAGCGUGAGCUGGGAAGCUCCGGUGUCCCUCCUGAAAGGUGGCCAAUGCAAGGCCGCAUCGCCUUUGAGAGCGUCACUGCGAGAUACACAAAAGACGGAGAUGCAACUCUGAAGAACUUGUCACUUUCAAUAUCAUCCGGCCAGAAGAUUGCAGUAUGCGGACCAUCAGGCAGCGGCAAGACCUCCUUUGUUCUCUCACUUCUUAAGAUGAUUGAAGUUACAGAAGGGAAGAUUUCUAUCGACGGCAUUGAUCUCGAAGGUCUGGAGAGAGCGGGAGUACGUUCACGAAUCAACGUCAUACCUCAGGAGCCAUUCUUCAUCCCGGGCAGCGUCCGGUUCAACUUAGAUCCACACUCCCGCGAAAGUAGUGAGACGAUCAAAGCAGCGCUCGAUAAAGUUGGCCUCCUGGGCAAGAUCGCUAUGGCAGGUGGUCUGGACAGCGAACUAGAUGCCGAUGGGUUCUCCGUAGGGGAAAGACAACUUCUAGCUUUGACGCGCGCCCUCGUUGAAAGGAGCCAAAUUUUGAUCUUGGAUGAAGCUACAAGCAGCGUUGACCAAGACACGGAAGACAAGAUGCAGCGAAUUAUCGAGGAAGAAUUCUUAGAGCAGACUGUAAUCUCUGUCAUACACCGUCUGAGAUUCAUCGAAAAGUAUGACCGGGUACUCCUCUUGAAACAGGGAGAGGUCGUGGAGUGGGAUUCCCCCGAUACCUUGCUCGCGACCGAUUCCGAGUUCAAGAAGCUUCUAGCAGCUACGCAAACUCUGCAUUGA